AUGAAAUCGAACUCAGUCAUUCUCUUCACCCUCACCUCGCUCGCAGCCGCCCUCCCACAGCAUAUUUCGAAGACGAAUGCGCUCCUUCAAUCACGCCAGGCACUCUCGGAUCCCGGCUUCAAUACUAUCUGUAGCGGGGUCACCUCCUGCGCCCUCAGCAAACAGGAAUGGGACGACUUCAGCCUAGACGACUUCCUCCUCUUCAACAUCCAAUCGUUAGGUCCAGGUGGCAACUUUCCUCAGAAGUUCGCGGAUGGAAACCGAGCGUUCGACGGACCAUCUGACGACCUCAGCGGCUGUGCAUCGCUUGACGGCCCUUGCGAUCAUCGGUCCGGUUUCUCUCAGUCAACGGUCGACAAUUGUCCGGACUUGACUUCGGAGACUGUCUGCGCGAAAUACGGUGACGCAAGAGCGGGCAUUGUGAUCGAUAACUGGGUAGCGCUGCACAAUGGAGUGAAACUCCAGGCGCUCGCUGUAGCUCAAGCGCGGGACAAUCUGGUUGCGCAAAACUUCGUAUCUGACCUGCUGGAUGGAAUGGCCGAGGAGCAGGGCUCAUUCCUUGAUGAGAUCGUGGAAUUUGUGGUGACUCUGCCGUUGCAGCUAUUCAAAGCUCCUGUGCUUGCCGUCAAGCUCGCUCUGAAAGCAUUUGCCACCCUGGACAACCUGACCAUCGACACAAUUCCCGACGGGGGUAUCUCACCGUUCAUCAAGCAAGCUGUUGCCAACCAGGAAAUCAAGGACGAGAGGGACAGAGCCAAGGAUCAGAUGGCGAGACAACUCGACCUGAUUGUUGAAGGCGAGCAGCAACGUCUUACCUUCGUUCUCAAGUCAGUGUUCAACGGCGUGUCUGAGCAGAACAUCUUCACGGCGUCCGACAGGGAGCAGGCAGCUCGCGAUACUAUGGUCUUCAAAUUCGCCCAGUCCGGCGGAUUUCUUCAAGGCAACGGCGACAUGGCCACUCUCGAAGAGCUCACAGCGGCCGCGGAGACGACCAUGAAGAACACUAUCGUCUCUGCCGUGAUGAAGGUAUACAAGUGGCAGGUCAUCCGCGUCUUUGGCCUCGUCUUGAACUUUCCCGGUGAGCCCGUAGACCCGAAAACCUGCAUCGAUGGGUUCAAAGGUCUUCCCGAUGCCUUGGGAGCACCCUGCCUGGAAUUCCGCAGGGGUGGCUCAAUUUCUGAUCCGAAGAUGGAGAACCCGGAUGUCAUACAAAAGGCCGUCGACUGGCCGGCCAUGGCACAGAACGCUGAUGACUGCAAGGGCGGCGAGCCUGACAACUCUCCGAACGCUGAGAUCGGGCAGGAUGGAUUGCCGAGAUGUUUCUACAACUUCCCAAUCACCACUGUCGAUUUUUCGUAG